UUAGCACAAUUUGCCAUACAUUGAUUCGCAGUCCAUAGCAUAUUAUUUUUUUAAACUAAUUUGUUUUUUGGAAAUGUAUAUGAUAUUAAAAUAUGAUAUGAAUAUGAUAUUAAAGUGUUGCUAGACACCAAAUAUAGUAAAAGUAAUAGUUCAACGAAUUCUAGCGCGGCAAAUGCAGUGAAUGAUAAACGGCAAUCGAGUAAACAUGUGUAACGCACUGUUAUCGUACAAAAUAUAAAAACAAGACAAUCCAUAAAGCUAAAACAUUUUAUAAUAAAUAAAAACACAUUAGUCAAGGGGGAUACGACGGAUUAGUUGGGAAUGUGUUCGCAGUGCACAAUCUAUCUCAAGCCCUUUUUCCGCUACAACCAUGCUACUCAGUGAUUUAAAAUAUAAAAAUUAAUAUAAAAAUAAUAAAUAUAAAAAAAUAAACAUGAAAAUAUUUUAAUAAAAAGUGUUAACUGCUAGUUGCAGUCUACAUAAUAAAUGUGUUACAGUGUUGUCAAAAAUAUUAAUAAUAAAGAUAAGCAAUUGAAGCAAACGAAAUGCUCUUAUUUCACUUUUUUCUACAAAAUGUACACAACCCAUGAAUUUCAUUAAGUGUCAAACACUUUUUAAUCCAUAUUUACUUCGUGUUCUAGUAUGCAACAAUUCUCGGAGUUGUAAAUAAGAAUGUUAUAAACAGUGAUGAAUCUACGAUAAUCUCAUAGCCACUAUUGAAUACAAUUAAGUGAUGGUUCUAACUAGUCUUACCUUGGUGAUAAAAGGCAGGCAGUAUCAAUAUUCCAGCAAUCUCAGCUGGUGCCACAAUAUCUGGUUGAUCUUGAUCCAGGUAUUAUACUUGGCAACACCGUGGUAGCAUUUGAUUCAAAACAACACUGCACAAAAAUAAGGAAAACCUCCUUCAAUGGAACGAAAACGUUCAAUAAGACGCCGCCAAAAGCCACCAUUUGCGGAGCGGGCUAAAGAUCAUUGCCGCAAUUUUACGGCAUUCAUGUUUAGCAAUGUAGGAAUUAUAUUCCUCGUUGUAUUAUACAUGAUAGCAGGUGCGUUCAUGUUCAUCGCGAUAGAAGGCAACGAAGCACUGGAGAGGUUUGCUCAAAUACCGUUUAAAAGGAACGAAACUGCUAUGAAAUUGUGGCAAAUAUCCUGCUGUGAAGUGAAUGUGUUCAACAAAAGUGUCUUCGAGGAAAAAGUAGGAAAUGAAAUACGAGCCUAUCAAGAAAAAAUAGUGCUCUGGGCUCGUCGUGGCUGGCAAGGCAGCGACAUCACCUUGGAGAGCGAAACUCCCUGGAGUUUUUCUGGAGCAUUUCUUUACUCAUUAACAGUUAUUACUACAAUAGGAUAUGGAAAUAUAGUCCCUCGCACCGAGUGGGGGAAAAUAGCGACAAUAUUUUAUACAAUAAUCGGUAUGCCGUUAUUUUUGCUCUACCUUUCCAACAUUGGUGAUAUUUUGGCUAAAUCUUUUAAGUGGAUAUAUGCAAAGUUUUGCCUAUGUCGAGUAUGUCCAGGAGUUGCUAGAAGGAGAGCAAUGCGAGCAAGACGAAGAGCACGUACGGAAGAACGAGACUACUCGUCGGAAAUUGGUGACAAUGGAUUUGACACUAAUACCAUCACCACUUCUAACGUAGACGAAGAAAUUGAGGAGGAAAUCACUGCCGAGACGAAUACCGUCACCGUUCCAAUAACUAUCUGUAUUAUGAUAAUGAUAGGAUAUAUAUUUUUCGGAGCUCGCCUUUUUGCUGACUGGGAAAACUGGGACAUUCUCGACGGAAGUUAUUUUUGUUUCAUCUCUUUGAGCAGUAUAGGAUUCGGCGAUAUCGUUCCCGGUGCAUCGCUACAAACCAAAGGAGAUACCAAAAUGGAAAUAAGUUUCAUUCUUUGUGCGGUCUAUCUAUUGCUCGGAAUGGCUCUGAUUGCGAUGUGUUUUAAUCUGAUGCAGGAACAAGUCAUCUAUAAAAUAAGGUCACUUAAAAAGUGUGUUAGAGGAUGUUUUCGUUGUGCGAAAGCAGUACCGGUACCAAUGGAAGAGCCUGAAAGCUAGAAACAUGAGAUCGAUUCUCAUCAACUCUCGAUGCAUUAAAUAUUAUUCAAGCUAUCAAAGACAUAAUGUACGUUGGUAUAAUAAUGCUAAAAGAAGACACAGUUGAAAAACCUGCCCCAUGUGUAAUGUUAUGACUAUGAAGUUACGAAUAAUUUAUACAUUCCGAUUCCUGCGAAAAAACUAAAUAAAUGUGUAGCCGUAUAUGUACCAUUAUGACAAAUUUUA